UUGAAGAAAAUGGAUAGUAAAAAAUUGGAAGGUAAAAUUGCCAUCAUUACCGGAGGAGCAAGUGGUAUCGGCGAAGCCACGUCACGUCUCUUUGCUCAACAUGGUGCUAAGAUUGUAAUUGCUGAUAUCCAAGUAGAAAAGGGUCGAUCAGUUACGGAAUCCAUCGGGUCCAGUCACUGCACUUUCAUCAAAUGUGACGUCACAGACGAGAAACAGGUUCAAUCGUUGGUGCAAUCGACGGUGGAGAUUCACGGUAAGGUCAACAUCAUGUUCAGUAAUGCCGGAAUUGCUAGCACACACGAGCAUGAACAAGAUAUCCUAGGGUUUAAUCUGGAUGCUUUAGACAACCUAUUCGCGAUCAACGUACGCGGGUCAGUGGCGUGUGUGAAACACGCGGCGAAGGCCAUGGUGGAGAGUGGUGUAAAAGGGAAUAUAAUAUGCACGGCGAGCUUGACGGCCACAAUGGGGAUAACAAAGCAAAUUGACUACGCAAUGUCGAAGCAUGCAGUACUUGGAUUGGUGAAGUGUGCAAGUAAAGGACUGGGUAAGUAUGGUAUACGUGUGAACUGUGUUUCUCCAGCGGCAGUGGCAACACCAUUGUUAGAGAAAUCGAUGAAGAUGAGUGUAGAGGAUUUAGAGAAACUGUUUGAGUCUUUCAAUUGCUUAAAAAAUGGGACUUUAAGAGCUUCUCAUGUAGCUGAUGCAGUCUUGUUUUUGGCUUCAGAUGACUCUCAGUUUGUCACUGGCCAUAAUUUGGUCGUCGAUGGAGGCUUUCAUCCUCCUGUGUGAUUAUUGUUGGGGCUUAGGUUUGCGCUCUAGUGGAAGAUUUCUAAGAUUGAGUGUGUCUGGAUUGGUAAUUAAGAUGCAGUCUGUUGGCAUUGUCCAAAUUCCAAUGUUUUGAUUACAUUCAUGAUUUGGCAAAUCGCAAGUUACAAUUCGAGAAGUGGUGGGCAUGUUGAUACUAAUGGAGAGUUAGUGCCCUGUACGACCAGUUUGGCUUGCGGAUCCAUGGUCUAUAGAAUGUGUUUUAGUACAGGUCUGUAGGGCAAUAAUUCAAUCUAUAUUUAUAUAAUCCCACGACAUAGGCCCGGCGAUGUGGCAUGUCUCAUAGAUCAACAAGCCUAUUUAUCUUUUUUCCUGUUUUUUUUUUGCUUUUUCCCUCUAAUUUAAAUAUAAUACUUAAUAAUUACAUUCAAAUAAUUAUGUUUCAAUUGCACCUCUUUGU